AUUUUAACAAUAUUUAUUUUAAAGGAAGGGAUUUGAGUGUAUUGUCGUAUUGGUGCAAAAUAGAGCGUUCAAGAGGUUGCAUUUACGAUAUAGCCAUAUAUCAAUAUAGAAGCAUGUCUCAAGUGGUCACUACAACAAAUCUGCCGAUGUAUUCAAUUCAAACAUUUCUCAAGAACUAUAUACUGGUGGCUGGUGGUGGCGGUUCUAGCAAAACUGGCAUAGCUAAUGGAUUUGAAGUAUUCAAGCUAAAUAGAGAUGGUAAAACUAUAUCAAUGACAAAAGUAAUUCGUUACGAUAGUGGUCCAAAUGUAAUUAUGAACUGUUGUACAAAUAUAAGUGGUAAUACAGUUUAUAUUGCGGCAAAUGAGAAUGAUAGAUGUCGACAAUAUAUGGCUGAUAUCAUAAUAGAACCAACAUUUCAUAAUGGUAAAGCAGGUAAAGAAAUUAAUUUUAAAAUAACAUCAGGAGAUUCAUUAUUAACUGACUUCAGUAAAGAAGAACCCUUACAAAGGAUUGUGAAAAUUAAUAAUGAUGGAAAUUUAAUGGUAACUGGAGGUACUGAUGGAUGCAUUCGUCUUUGGAACUUUCCAAUAGUUAAAUCAAAAGAUACUAGACCAUUAAAAGAAUACAAAUGUCAUACUAAAGAAAUUGAUGACAUAGAUAUAAGUGCAGACGGUCAAUUUAUAGUAAGUGUUGCAAAAGAUGGAAAAGCUUAUCAUUGGAAUACUGUUACUAAUGUGCGUUCAACACUUAUUCAUCCAGAUCCAGAUAAUGAAAAACAAAUAUUCAAAAGAUGUAAAUUUGGUGUAGUUGGAAAUAAACCGAUUUAUAACAUAUAUACAAUUGCAAAUGGUCCUAAACAAAAAUCUUACUUACAAAGAUGGUCUGAAAACAAUAAAAUAAUUUAUGAGUUAUCGUUUUCUGAGCCUACAUCAGCAUUAGCAGUACGUCAAGAUGGAUUAUAUAUUGCUGUGGGUACAAUGUACUCGGGAAGUGUUAGUAUACAUGAAGCAAGCAACUUAAAAAUGAUUUAUAAUGUUAAACAAGCUCAUGCUAUGUUUGUUACGGGGCUAGAAUUUUUAAAUAAAGAUUUAAUGCCAGAUAUGAAAGCAGCAGUAUUAUCAAUAUCAGUAGACAACCGUGUGUGUCUUCAUAAUAUACCAUCUAUAAAAUUAGUUCCGUAUUGGAAAAUGCUCAUUAUAAUACAUUUCAUUCUACUACUAUUUUAUUUUAUUAUUUUUAUCUUGUAAUUAAACAUUAUAAAUCAUUAGGUACUUAUGUAUAUAAUAUUUGUUAUAAUUAAAAAUCUUUAAGAACUAUGCUCAUUACUGUUAACUAGAUACUUUAUAAUUUUUUUAGCUAAAUUCAAAUAAUGUAAAAAUAGAGUUAUGGUUAAUUUUUAAAAUCAACAACUUGAAUAUAUUUUAUCUAUUUUAUAAAUAUUCCUACCUACCUAUAUUUAUAUUAUACGAAAAACCAUUGUCAGUUUUUACCAAAUUGAGUCUAUAAUAUAAUAUACAACUUUUAUAAUUAUGUGCACCUAAUAACCUUGCUAAUAGCAAAUGACAAUUUAAUGUUAUAAAUAAUAAUUAUAAAUUGUACUCUUCUAAUAUUGUUAGCCAGGUACCAAGCAAGUACCUACAUAUUAAUUUACAAACCUAAAUUAUUUGCUGGACUAUAAUUUUAAUUUAAAAUAUUUAUAUUCUGAAAAAAAUAUGACCUAUUUGAAUAGUAAAUUAUAGAUGCUGGAUAUUAUGAAAUAUAAGCACUACCUAGCCAAUUUUAUUAAAUCCCACAUCCCCUAUUACUGAGUGAUAAAAACCCAUCAUGAUAUAAUGUAUUAAUAUGAACUUAAGCAACAUAUUUAACCACUGUUUUUAAUUUUAAAUUAACUUUUAGGUAUAAUUAAAUAGGUUAUGUGAUUUUAUCUUAAUAUAUAAAACCGAAAAUUGAAACCUUUGAUGCUAAUGUUCUCGGAA